AGAAAUAGUGAAAUACUUGGACAAAUAUGUUAUUGGUCAGGAACUUGCAAAACGAACAUUAGCCGUCGGAGUUUAUCAGCAUUAUAAGAGAUUGGAAAACAACACUGAAAUAAGAAAUCGCGAAAUGGUUAAAAAUGCAGUUGAAACCGCUGUACACGCUAAAGAGCAGAAGAAACACGAAAAAGAUCAGGAGUUCGAUGAGUUGUAUGAGUG